UGCUUUCUUCGUUGGUUUCUUUCUUUGUCUGUUUGCUUUCUUUGCUUUCUCUCUUUGUCUUCUUUCUUCCUGUCUUCUGCUUUCUUGCUUGCAGCUCCCUGUAUACCCUCUUGCCUCACUUCUCUCGAGUGUGUUUUCGUCUGCUUUUCGAGUCUUCCCACUGCCCCGGGUGUCUGUACACCUCAGCGCGUUCGGCCUUCUCCGGAGGCUGGAGGUCGAGACGCUCGCGUUCCGAGAAGGAGAGGUUUUCUCUCGUCCUCCAGUCAGUCUUCACAAUGAGGACGCAGAAGCGUUUCUCGUUGAGUCAGUGCUUUCGCGUUUCUCCCCAGUCGAACAGAACGCCUGAAUCUCUCGGGGAGCCUCUGCCUUCUGCAGAAAUCGGAGAUGCAGGCUCGACUGUCUCUUCGUCCUGCUCUCGUCUGCCUUCUUCGCCUUUGUCCUUGUCUCUUGCUGCUCUUCAGUCCCCCUUCCUCUGCUGCUCUCUUCUUCUGUCCGGACUUCUCCGAAAGCUGCCGACGACGUUCUGUCUUCUCUAUCUCGUCUGCGCGCUCCCCAAACGCGUUUCUUCCUCCUCUUCAUCCCGUUCACUCGGCGCAAAUCCGCAGACCUUUUGGUUGCCCGCCUUCUGCUCUUCCGCGGUCUCACGCGUUGCUCUCCGUUUCCUUGCCACAAUCGCUUUCUGUCUUCUUUCUGACGUCAGCCGCAAACACUGCCGGGAGUGUAUCUCCCCCUUUUUUUUCCUCCCCUCCUCAGGCUUCUUCUCCGUUUCCUCGCUCUCCUCCCGUCCUUGCCGGUUCUCUCUCUCAGGCUUCUCUCCUCCCGUCGCGUCCUUCCUCUCCGCCCUGUUCCUGCUCUCUCUCUCCUUUCUCUCUGCCUCUGAGGUUGCGGCCUAAGAGGCUUUCUCGCCUGUUGCCUCUCCUCUGCCGCUGGCGAAGUGCAAGAGAAGAAGGAGCGACGGUAGGAGAGAGAGAGAGAGACGAGCGGAGAGCACGAGGUCGAGCGGAUGUUGUCGGGUGCUCCUGCAUCUCACGGAGUAAUGUGGAGGGUGACCGAGCGUCUGCGAGACUCAGUCUCAGCGACGUCGACUCCAGAGAGAGAACCACGAACCAAGCGAACCGGAAGGCAGAAGAAGGAGAAGCAGGAGAAGAAGGUGAGGACGAAAGAGAAAAAGGGAAGCAUGGUGGAGAAGAACAAGAAGAUGGAGGUCGAAACGCGAGUCAUCGGAAUAAAGGCAGAGAAUUAGACGAAUUCGACAGGCGAGGACGUGCAGAAGCAGAACAAGCAGAGAGAGAAAACGAGUAUCUUCGAGGAGAAACAACAGCAAGAUCAACUGCGAAUUCCCCGCAGGGGGAAGCGAAGCAAGACAGAGACGUUUUUGUUUGUGCACAAGACGAGUCUUGCCGUGGUGUCGAGACGCUCAGAGAGAAUGUCGACCAUUCUCUUUCUUCGUCCGUUGAAGAUGUAAACGGUUUUUUUCUCCGGGCCUCUGCUGCUGCAUGCAUGGGGCGGCACUUGGUUCUCCCGCUUUCGUUUGAAGUUUUGGAAGCGCUGCAACGAACCGAAGCAGGUCUUUUCCGCGGGGAAGGACAGGAGACGCUCCAAGCAUAUCCAUGCAAAAGGCGUUCCUGCUCUGCUGUGCGUUCGUCGCCUAGCUCUGACGUAAGCGACAGCGGGUGCGUAGGAGGUAAACGGAAGGGGGACUCGCGCGAACGCCAGGACGACGAGAAAGCAGAAGACGCGAAGAAUGAAGGAGAGGGACGUUGUCGCUGCUCUCUUUCUCGUCAAAAAGAGCUCGUCGCAGAGAGGCGAGAAGGAGUGGAAUGCCUGAAAAGCGCAGGUGACACUGCUUCCUCGUCUCCGGCCCUCACGGCAGUGAGUUUGUUCGUCUCCACCGCAGGGGCUUCGCUCGGGUCUUCUCUCGGAGAGAAACGCAGGAUCUGCGUGCUUCUCCCGCAAUCCCGGGAGCGCGCCGGAAAGAACAGAAGACUUGCAAGGGAAAGCGAUGCGGAGGCGACGACGGAAAGGACGGCGAAUGAGUGUGAAGGCUGUGCGACAGUGGAAGAGGUAUCAGGGAAGCAGCGAUCUGAAGGGAUAGGUGGAGCCUUUGAAGCCUUGAUGAGAGGAGGUCUUUCAUCCAUUUUUUCGCAUGAAGGCUUAGAGGUCGAAUGCUGUGCUCUCACGGAGCUGCGACAGCGCGUCUUGUCGGCACUCAGUGCGCAGAGCAGACACCCGAGCCGUCUGUCGUUCUGUCCCUGCAAACGCAUGGCGAGAGAAGCGAACGCGGAAAGUGAGAAGGGCCAGCGAAGCAGACAGCGAGACGGCGACGAGGAACAAGACAGACAACGCUCAGACGAUCACACCGAGAAGGAAGGAGACAGAGACGACUCAGACGGGGCAUUGAAACAAAAGAAGGAAAAAGCCAAGACAGAGCGAGGCGUAGCUACACUCAACACGAGCUGUCGAUCUGAAGAAGGAAAGCGAAAAAGAGAAGGAGAGGAGCAAGAACGAGAAGGAGAGACACAAGGAAACGAAGGAGAGAAGCAGCAGGAAGAACCGAAAAAUCACUUUGUUCUUGUCGUUCCUGUGCGACACAGUGGCUUGCCGCCGGGUGCCUGGAGGCUGCCGAAGCGCGGCAUCGAAAAGAGUUUGCGGAAACGACGAGUUUCGAACUCCGCGUUUUGUGAACACUCUCUGGAGUGUCUCUUCCCCGACGCGUCGUCUUCUCUGAACUUCGGAGACGAACUGGAGGAGACUCUCCACCUCCUCGCCCUCUGGCGUCGUCGACGCGAAACGGCGCGACCGGCGAAGGAAUCUGCCCGCGUUCCGAAGCCGCGAGUAGAGGCGGCAGAGAUACAACGAGGAGAGGCAAAGGGGAAAGAUGGAAAAGAGGAAGGAAGAGACGGACAGAAAGAAGGAGAAGGACAGAAGGAAGGAGAAGGACAGGAAGAAGGAGAAGGACAGAAAGAAGACAGAGAAGACGAAGACGAAAACCAGAAGAAAGGAGAAACGGAGGGAGGGAAAGAAGGAAAUGAAGAGGAAAUAGUUCACGAAGAUCUCCAACGGAACGAGAACGAAUGCAGUCACGUCAGAGGCAGGAAACGAAGAGAGGGAGAACCGGUCGAGGGUCUGAGGGAGACGAGCUUCAGUGUCGUCCUGCUGCUGCUUCCCUCGAACGAUAUUUGUGGCGGCAGCGCGAGAGGCAUGGAGUGGAGACAGGACGAAAUUCAAGCGACGAAGGAGUGGCUUUCGCGUUGUUUGGAAGUGUCAGACUUGAAUUCAAUCAGAGUCCUUUCGUCUCCCUCGUUUUCUUCGUUUGUCGAAGGAAACGCUUCGUCUCUCUCGUCUUGUCCUUCUCCAUCUGUGACUUCCUUCGUCGAGGCGCCGCUCGCCGCGGCAGCCGAGAAGGCGAAAGCUAACUGUCCGGACUCGUCUGCUCAGUUGCGUGGUGGAGUCGAGGGGAAGGCGCAGAACGAGUGCGAAGUCGGCGAGAUCUCUCCGCAUUCGCAGCUUCCACCGAAAAGAAAGACAAACUCGGAGGAGAAAAGAGAAACGCCGAGGGAAGGCAAAGACUUCCUCGAGGCUGCACCGCCUCUGGAGCGUCUCCGCGAAGCCUCACUCACCUAUCAGAGGGCGGCCAGUCUCCUAUUCUCUUAUCCAAGUUUUCUUCAAGGGCAAGAAGACGAGAUGCGUCGCGCCCUUUACAAUACUUCUCUUUUUCGUCUCUGGGUAGUUCGCCAGCAAGCCAGGCGUCUCCACCCCGUCGACAGCGUCAGCCGACAGAGAGAAGUUGCAGCUCUGCGUCGGCGCCUGACCACCGGGGGAUAUUCCUGGAGAUUCGACACAGAAGACGCGGCAGCGUCGAGUUCGCGAGAACCGUUUCCCUCACUGUUCUCUGCUGGACGGUCUUCGGGAGACACGACGAAGGAUGCGACACAGCGACCUCUCGACCCAGACGGCGCCGGAGCCACCGCGCCGUUCCCCGGGUGCGCGUACGCCGCGUCUCGACUCGGGGGGAAGCGGAGCUCGUCGCGCGCAGGCAGCGUCGCUUCUUUCCUUUCUUGUUUCGGUAGCUCACCAGAGAGCUCAUCUUCUGUUGAAGGUCCACAGAGGAGAGAAGAGAGAAGAGAACUGAAUGGGGAGAGAGAAGGCGACAGCAGGGAGUGCGUCGACGGCGGCGGUGGUGUGGACACAGAGCCAACGGACGAGACGGCCGUGGAGAGCGAGAAAGGAACAAACGAAGCCGUGGGUGACAGGCCGAGCAGAACUGCCUUGAGAGAAGGUCCAGAGAGCAGCGAGUCGCGGAUUGUUCAGCUCGCUGAAGACGCAGCGAAACGAGCACAGGCUGCUGAACUCUUCGCUGCAGAUUUGCAUGCACUUCCGCUGUCGAGGUUGCUGGUGGAACGGGAAGCGAAGGAAAAGAUUCGCCAGGAAGUUCGCAGACUGGCAGCUGUGGAGAUGAAGUACCAUUUCUACAGGGCCGAAGUGUGCGCGAUGCAUGCAUACUUCAUGCGACGCUUCUCGCCUUCUCUCCAGGCCGGCGAAGUGGCGAGGGCAGCAGGCAGCGAGGCGCGGAAUCAGCGAGAAGCGAGCGAAGCAGCGAGACAAGAGGGAGAGGAAGACGGAGAAGAAGGAGGCAAGGGAGGGGGAGACGGAGAAGAGGCGGAGAGAGAAACCGGACAUCGAGAGAGAGAAAAAGAAGAAAGAGAAGAGCAAAACGGAGAAGAAGACGGCGGAGCGAGAGACCCAGUCGGCAGGUCUGAGGGAGUUCUGGUUUCGAUUCCAAAGACGAAACGCAGAAGUUUAGAGGGCAACGAAGAAGCCGCAAACGCUCCAGAUCCGCCUCGGAGUGUUUGGAGGUUCCAGACGAAAUCGUUAACUGGUCUUCGCGCGGAAAGAGAGCGAACUUCUGCAGAUCCUGACGAAGACUCGCAUGCCAAGUCUGCAAGUCGAAACGAGGCAGAGCCACCCCAGGAGGAGGAGGUUGCGGAGGUUUUGAGGCAGCGCGAGCGUCUCAGCGUCGCUCAGGACUUUCUGCGGGGGCUUCGUGGAGUGCGGCGAGAGACAGGAGUCUCGAGAGAGGAGACCGACGAAGAGUUUGGCGGUUUCGAGACCCGGCAAACAGAAGCAGUCGAGCGCCUCUUGCGUCUUUACUCAAAGCGAAAUCUGGGGUCGAGAGAGAGCGUCGUUCGCCAAGUGCGAUUGUUUAAUCUUCGCUUCGGGCCAUGCAAAGAAAAUCCGCUCGAGACACUCAGACGCCUUACACGAGUCUUUUUCCUCGCCUCUGCGUCGUCGCCUCCUAUCGCAGCCGGCAGCGCGGAUGUCUCUGCGUUUCCUUCUUCUUGUUUUCCGUCGGAAUGUUUUGCUUCUGCUCCGCACGAGAGCACACCGUUUCUUCCUUGCCAAGACUCUUCUUCCUUUGCGUCUUCUCUUGCGAGAUCACAAACAGCGAACCGAUCUUCUUCGCCUCCUCCGUCUUCCCUGCAGCCGCCUCCUGUGUCUCCAACUCCCUCCGCGUUCUCCUCCUUCAGUCCCUCCAGCUCGCGACCUGAGCUCCGAGGUGACGUCUCCUCCGCUAGCGCUUGCUCUCUCUCGCAGAAGUCGCAUGACGACCGCGACGCUUGCCUGUCCGCCUCUGCGGCAAGUCGCCCCUGUAUGCGCCCAGGCACGCCGCCAGGCUGUCCCUGGGCGCAUGCGUCUCGCCUCGCCGUGUGGCUGUCUCACUGCAUGCGUCUGCAAGUGAUCAAUGCUCUCUGGCUGCUGCAGGUCCUCCAGGAGCGUCGCCUUCUCGCUUCAGAGGUGUCUCUCGGAACCUUUGCCGCUGUUGUCUACGCCGUCACGGAGCCCCUGUGGCUCGGGAAGGCUCUGCGGCUCUUCUUCGCUCGGCACAGACGAACUGCAUGCGUGUACAGUUCGAGCACGGAUGCAGUCGCCGGCCGCAAGUUCCAUGAGGUGGUAGGCGCCUCGACGCGGACGCGGCGGAAGCGCGAAGAACUGAAACGCAGAGAGACGCGCUUGGAAGCCGCCAGGCGAAAGGAGCAUGAAGGUCUCUUUCAAAGCUUGUCGAGAGGUCGUGAAAAAUCGCUUUUCAGAAGUUCUCCGCAGCUGCGCGCGCUCCUGACAGGUCUGAGGAAGCCCCGCCACAAGCUUCUCCAUCUCCAAACCAAAUGUGGGGUCGACAUCGCCGUCCCCCUCGCGCGCCGCGCCGCGGCUGCAUGUGUGGAGAACUGCAUGCAGAUCGCUGCAUGCAGGGGCUCUCAGUUGCCUUUCGGGGAGAGCGAGGAGUCGCUGUGCCGCGACUGGCCAGCGCCAGGGGCAGCUGCGCGCUCCGAGACUGCCGCGCAAGGAGGGAAGCAGCCAUCCGCUUCACCACCUCGAGAAUCGUUUUGCCGAAGCGAGAGCGACGCUCACGCGUCUUCGACACUCUCCGUCGGUGCAUGCAAGCCUCCCUUCCCCGCCAGCCCUUCCGCAGAAGCAGGUCCGCCUUCUCAGGUAUCUUUCCAGUUGAAGAGAGUGGCUGGGGAGAACAACGCAUCACACGCAGGUCGGAGGGCGACAGGGCCAACCGGCACCGUUGCCUCCCCGCAGGAAACGCUCCCAGGUGUCCUGACAGCCGAGGAAGGCGGCGCGCGCCUCACGGGCAGUUUUGGGAGGGUCGGAUGCGGCCAUUUCGUGGAGCAGUCGUAUUUUGAGGAACCUGCAUGCGCCUGUGCAGCAGAGUUGAGGAAAGCGAUACUUCGGCAUGCAGUCCAAGUGCUCACGCAGGUUGCUCACCUGCCUCCAGAGGAUGGCGGCGUUCCCGCAGCCGCCAUCGAGAAAGCGCGAAGAGCCGCUGAAUGUUUGUCUUCAGUGUUUUGAGUUGAUGCUUGUUUUUUGGCGCAGAUGCUGCCCACAAAUCCACCUUCCGAGGUGUAGCUGCGUGCCUGUCUCAGAGGCAAGCAUACGUACGCGUGAGUGUUGUUGUGUGUAUGGGGAUGACCUUCUUGGGGUUCGGUAGAAUACAGCUGUUCGUUUUUACAGGUAAGACAGAGUGAGGGUGUUCUGUGUCAAGGUCAGUGGUAAAUUAGUAAAUUAGUAAAGCAAAUGUAGGAAUCCAAGGCGCUGCGUGUAAAUCGUUCAGUCAACGCACAACGAAGGAACAGGUCCUUUUGUCUCCACAGCAGUUUUUCGAGAGACAUGCGUGGCAAUCGCUGACGACACACGUUUUGCGCGCUUUCAAACUUUUGCUCCCCCUACGAAGUCGAAACUCAGAAAAUAUGCGAAAAUCGGUUUUUCUUAGGCGGCGGUCCUGC